UCUUUUCUUUUUUUUUUCUCUCUUCAUAAGCCAUUUUUCGCAUCAGGACAAGCCGCAAGCGCUCGAGUUUUGAAGUUUUAUUUUGCAAAAAUGAGUGGUUUUUGGAAAGAGUCAACGAUUUAUCCAUCUGAGGAUUCAGAAGAUGAUCUUAGUGAAGGCCAAGGUGAUAUUGUUCGAUCGGUUCAGACUGCCAAUCCGCGAAAACUGGCCAUAGAAAAUUUUACUACCAGCGGGGUAAACCCUCCAGUACUUGAUGAAAACGCAAGAGCAAAAUGGCUUGCAGGUUCAUGGCCGUUGAAGCCAUUUGCGGAAUCGUUGCCAAUAACUGAGCGGAAAGCAGAGUGGAUUCGCUUCCGCGAUCAGUUCGAACGGAUCGUUUCUUGUAAAACUCUCGUCGACCCGAUCACGAAGUUAACUGGAUUGAAGAUUUUUGCAGGAGAUUACCUCCUCAGUAUAAUUGAAUUGCAAGAAAAACUCAUAGUGAAUCAUUCGGGUAAUGUAUACAGUGAAACGAUAUUAGCGCUCAACAACUAUUUCAAUGGCACUUGUGACGUAUCUAAGGAACGAAUGAAAUUCAGAGAAAUGCGCAUGAAAACGACUGAGCCAUUUGUCGACUGGAUAUUGAGGCUCGAGAAUCAAGCGAAGUUCUGCGAGUUCAGUAUUGGACAAAGGGAGGAAGAAUUUAUUCAAGCUGUUGUUAGAAGAUCAAUCCCGGAUAUCUCUAAGAAGCUUUACGAAAUAUCGAAUGUAUUUAACAACAGUUUGGAGAAAAUCAUUGAUCACGGCAAGCACUUGGAUUAUAUUCGAGCUGAGACAGAGGACGAUAAAAAUCGAGUUAGAGACGCCAAAAGUGUUAGCAAUCCGGAGCGGGAAUCGAUGGAAGAAACCGAAGUUAAGUCGGUGAAUGCAGUGAAGUUCUCAAAAUUUCAGCAGGCAGCUAAACCAGCAUGGACCGACAGACGUUUUGAACCAUAUCGCAGCACAAACAGAAUGCAAGAUCGCCGCUGGGAUUCACAGAAGCGAGUCAACCGGGACGAGCCGACUGGAUUUAAUUGUAAAAAGUGUGGACAACAGCACGGUCCGAGACAAUGCAAGGCAUUUCGUGUGCGCUGUUUUGCUUGCAAGCGUUUUGGUCAUUUUGCAAAAUAUUGUUCUCCUCCGCCAGACUAUGCGACGUCUAAUAAACGAGAGAAUGCGAUUAAAAGCGAGGUUGACAAAAUCAAUCAGUUAAUUACUGGAGGUGUGGGAAAAGACAGAGUCAUCGAGGACCCACGAUUCGUUCGCUGCAUAAUUGGUACCGAGGAGUUGAAAUUCAUGGUGGAUUCUGGUUCUGCCGUUAAUACAAUCACAAGUGAGGAAUGGAGAGCGAUAAAACGCAACUGCCGCACUGUUAUACAGGAUCUGGUUAUUCACCCAGAAGAGGUAUUGAAAAGUUAUGCGAGUCAGUAUCCUUUAGAAGUCGAGUGUUCCUUCAAAGCAUUUAUUGGAAUCGCAAACAAUUGUUCGCCUGUGCAACUGGCAAAAUUUUUCGUUGUAAAGGGUACCCAAUUGUCUCUGCUUGGCUACGAAACAGCAAGAAACAUGAACUUGAUUCAUAUUGGGCAGAGCUCGAACGAUGUACGCGUUAAUUUGACCGAAAUGGUAAAUAGGUCAGAGCUAGUGGAAGAAUUUCCCAAAAUCCCAAUUGAAGGAGUGAAGUUCAAGGUGGAUGAAUCGGUGGCACCAAAACAGAUAAUAAGAUACAAUAUCCCGAAGGCUUUUGAAAGCGCCACGAAUACGAGACUGCGAAUGUUGGAAAUAAAAGGUAUAAUUGAGAGAGCUGAUAAGGAAAACGACGUUAUCACUCAUGUGUCCCCUCUCGUGUUGGUACCUAAAGGAACGGAUGAUUUUCGAAUCGUAGUGGACUACAGAGAAGUCAAUAAAGCCUUAAUUCGUGAACCGUAUCCCAUGCCUACGUUGGAGAGAAUUUGGUCAGAUAUUCCCAAUGGUGAGGGGUCGAUUUUUUUCACGAAAUUAGAUCUCAAAGAUGCAUAUUUUCAUAUCGAGCUGCAUGAAGAAGUUCGUCAUCUGACGACCUUCAUGACUGCAAAUGGAUUGAUGCGGUUCAAGCGGUUACCGUUUGGGUUGUCGUGUGCGCCCGAAUUAUUUCAAAAGAUCAUGGAGAAACUGUUAGCGGGGUGCAAGAAUGUGAUCGUGUACUUAGAUGACAUUUUGAUUCACGGAAGGUCUUUGGCCGAGCUAAGAGAAAAUGUCAUGGCUGUAAAAAAAGUACUGGAGCAAAAUCAUCUCACUAUCAAUGAAAGUAAGUCAAUGUACGAUCAAACGACUGUGGAUUUUCUGGGUUUCACUAUAGACGGCACUGGUAUUUUGCCUAUGAAAGAAAAGCUUUCAGAUAUCAAGUACUUUGAAAGACCAAAGGAUAUUUCGGAACUGAGAAGCUUUUUGGGUCUUUUGACGUUUAUCAGUCCUUUCAUUAUUAAUUUCUCGCACAAAACAAAGCCGUUGCGCGAGUUGCUAACAACCAAAAUUAGUUUUAAAUGGGAGAAAAUUCAUCAAUUGGCAUUUGACGAGCUAAAGCAGGCCGCGGAAUUCGAUUUGAUUAAAAGAGGCUACUUCAGUGGAAAAGAUAAAAUUAUACUGUAUACCGACGCCUCACCUUGGGGCCUUGGGGCAGUGUUAGUGCAAGAAGAGAAAAGUUCAGGAGAAUUUCGUAUUAUUGCCUGCGCAUCGAAGAGCCUGACGAUUACAGAAUCCAGAUAUCCUCAAUUGCACCGCGAAGCACUUGCCAUCGUCUGGGCGAUGGAAAAAUUUGCAUACUAUCUGCUUGGUCGUAAGUUCACGCUGAGGUCUGAUAGUGAAGCUUUGAUGUUCAUGACCAAAAAUAGGUAUCGCAAGGAUGUUGGCAAAAGGAUAAUGUCUAGGGCAGAAGGUAAAGACAACAUCGCCGACGCUCCUUCCAGGAUUUGUACUAAGCGAAAUGAUCCAGAGUUUGGAGAAUUCGAAAAAUCCUUUGAGUUGUGUUCUGUCGAAGCUGACCCGAGCAGCAUUAAUAGUCAACUUCUAGCAUUGACUAAUGCAAAUGUGAAAGAGGGUUUGUCUAAGGACGAAGAACUUCAGCAAGUCAUUACAUGGAUGGAGAAAACUGAGAAAUGGCCAGAAACUAUUGCGAAAUAUCAAGCCUUCCAAGGAGACCUUUAUUUGCAAGGUGGAUUGUUAAUGAAGCAGGAGAAAAUGGUUUUGCCGUCAGCAUUGCGAAAUAGAGCACUCCAUUUAGCCCAUCGAAGUCACCCUGGGAUGUCUACGAUGAAAAAUUUUCUGAGACAAGGCUUAUGGUGGCCGAGAAUGGAUCGGGAUGUUGAAAAUUUUGUUGCUAGCUGCCCCGAAUGUCAAUUGGUUAUUGCAAAUAGUUACCCGCUACCUAUCACACUGACGGAACUUCCAAAAAACCCUUGGGAUUACGUUUCUAUGGAUUUCUCGACGGCCUCAGACAGUCAUAACUGGAAAGCGUUGGUUUUGACGGAUAAUUAUUCUAGGUUUCUAGUCGCAGUGCCCAUGGAAAAGACUGAUGUGGAAGCAGUGAAGCGAGCCCUUGGAAGAAUUUUCAACAUAUACUACAUUCCAAAAACUUUGAAAGCCGAUAACGGCCCUCCAUUCAACAGUGUCGAACUUUCUACUUGGCUCAAAGAAAGAUGGGGAAUCAAGUUUAUUCACAGCACACCGUUGAAUCCGACUGAGAAUGGUUUAGUGGAGCGAAGUAUGCAGGGAAUAAAUAAAAUUACAGCGAUUGCCAAACUCAAUAAACAAAACUGGAAAGAGGCAUUGGCAAAUUACGUAACAGCAUAUAAUUCGUGGCCACAUCAUGUAACUAAAGUUCCUCCAGCUGAGCUCAUGUUUGGAAGAGCUAUUAGAAGUUUUCUGCCGAAUAUAAGAACGGAUCACCAACAAUCUAACGAUGAUGAAUUACGAGAGCGCGAUAAAUACGCAAAGUUCCAACGCAAUACAUACACAGAUUUGAGCCGGAAUGCUCGAGAUUCGGAGAUCAAAGUGGGAGAUACUGUGCUUGUCAUGCAGCAGAAACGCGAUAAAACCGAUACUUUUUACAAAAAUGUAUUACAUAAGGUUAUUCAAGUGACAGGAGCAGGAAGGGCUAAACUACAAGAUAUUACGACAAAUAAAAUUUAUGAUAGAAACGUUAAAUUGCUGAAGAAGUAUGUAGAACGCAACGAAGGUAAUGACAUCGUCACUGAUAACUUUUUACCAAGGGAGGAAGAGGGUGCAUCCUUGUCGAAAUUAGAUGAUCACACAGCUGACGAGCAACCGAGGAGCCGCAGGGAAAUCAAACGUCCGAAAAGAUACAUUGAUUCGUUAACCCAAGAAUAA